AUGCCGUUAUCCGCGCCGCCAGAGCCACGCUUCAUCCAGACCCCUAGUCUUCCACAGGAUUACCUCUCUGUCGCCGAGACUCCAGAGGCCCGGGUGCAGGACGCGUUAGAACACGCCAUUGGCGAUGCCCCCCUCCGAGAAUCCUACACACACGAAGAAUGCAGUGGUUUUUUCCGCGGCCCAACGGCUCUGGCGUACUUGCUACUCAGGAUCCACGCUGUGUACCCCGAGAUGAAGAUUUCCGGUCGAUCCCUACAGCAGUGGGCUGCCUCGUACAUGGGCGCCAAGCGCACAGGCGGCGAUCGUGCUCCAUGCGGCCUUGCGUGCGAGAGUGCGGCGUACUGCGCUGUGGAAACCAUGUUGGACGAGACCAAAGCGCCAAGGUUUCGCGAAGUGUUGGAGAGGCUUGUUGACGGGGGCGAGCAUCCCCAUGAGAUUCUCUUUGGGUUUGCCGGAAUACUCUACAUGAUCCGCGCUGUAGAGUCCUGUAGACCGGAAUCGGUCUCUCUGUUGGCGACUGUCAAGGGUCGGAUUAUAGAGAAGAUGCUCGGCGCAGGGCCGGGUUGGACAUGGCGCGGGAAGCGCUACACCGGCGCCGUGCACGGCGACAUCGGCAUCCUGACUCAACUCCUUUUGACUGAUCCAAAGCUGGCAUCCAACUCAAUGGUGCGCGGGUCACUACAGCGGAUGCUAAGCUUGCAGCAGCCAAGCGGGAACUGGCCGACGGAAGACAGCGACCGUGUCUACUGCGAGCUCGUGCAGUUUUGCCACGGCGCACCUGGUUUCGUUUCCUCGCUGGUGCACAUUGAGCGGCUGUUUCCCGACAUGAGGGAGCAAAUCGGACAGGCCAUCGCGUUGGGCAGGGAAUGCAUCUGGCGCGAGGGGCUGUUGCGGAAACUCCCUUGCCUGUGUCACGGUGUUCUAGGCAACUCCCUGGCGCUCCCUUUGGGCCCGCAACGGGACCAUUUCCUGGCCUGGUCGUUGCCGUCCAAAGUCGAACAAGAACGCCAACUGGACGGGUCCGUUUUCGUGCCCGAGGACGGUGGGCGCAUGUCCAUUUGGUUCGACUACUGGCCAAGUGUAGCCUGGACGUGGGCAGUUUGUGCGGUGGACAAUCCAGGAUUUCUCUUGUACAGCGAUGUGUAG